CUUCGCCCACGGCGGCCUCGCUGUCACAGCACCCGCGCUGCUGCCACCCACACAGCUUUCUAAGCUACCUCCAGGUCCCAUGGCACCUGCAGGGGGUCGGCCGGCCGCUCCUGAAAGCUGCGAGGAGAGGCUACGUACACUGAGCCCUCCUCUCGUCCCCUCGGAGAGCGGCUCGCCGGCCUCGAGAGCCGGCCCAAGGCGCCGACGACCGACGAGAAGCCCGGCUCGGCAGGGGAUUGCUUCUGUCUGGGCCUGGCGGAGGCUGCGUUCGGGUCUCGCGCGCGCCCGUUCCCCGUUCUCUCGGCCAAUCGGACGCUACUCGCGCGCCCAGCAGCGUUCUUCGGCCCUCCUCGGACUGGGCGGGCUCCUCGGCGCUGCCCGUACUCCGCAACCGAGCUCGCACUCCUCUCACUCUCCACGAGUUCCACGCCUCGCGGAGUGGCUCCGCCCCUUCCUGAGCCCGCCCCCGCAGCCGCCGGAACGUGUGCUCUCCUUUCCCCGCAGGCUCCUGCCGUCUAGCCGUCCUGGGUCCCCUGCUCCGCAGAGCAGCCGCGUCUCUCCAGCCUCCCUCAGCCGCCCCCGCGCGCUCUCCUGGUGCGGCCUCCGCGUCCACUCCUAGCAGCUCUCUGCCUCCGACCGGGACUCGGGGUCGCGCGCCCUGACUCCACCCCCUCCCGCGGACUCGCGCACUCCCGGCCCGGCCUCUCCCGGCUCAGGCCUCCGAGCGCCCGGCCGCCCGCCCCCCUGUCCCGCUCGCCUCGCGCUCCCCGGGCGCUCUCGCGCUCUCCGAGGCGAGCGCGCUCCCGGCCCGCGCGCUCCGGGCUCCGGCUUCUCCCGGCUCUUGUCAGUGCGGUGACUGCGCUGGGAAACAUGGCGACCGAGGGAAUGAUCCUCACUAACCACGACCAUCAAAUCCGCGUCGGAGUCCUCACAGUGAGUGAUAGUUGCUUCAGGAAUCUUGCAGAAGAUCGCAGUGGGAUAAAUCUCAAAGAUCUCGUACAAGAUCCUUCUUUGUUGGGUGGGACUAUAUCAGCAUACAAGAUAGUACCAGAUGAAAUAGAAGAAAUCAAGGAAACCCUGAUAGAUUGGUGUGAUGAAAAGGAACUUAAUUUGAUAUUAACAACUGGAGGAACAGGGUUUGCACCACGAGAUGUUACUCCAGAGAAAUUCCCAACAUUCCCAUUUUGUGGGCUCCAGAAAGGGGCCACAAAAGAAGUAAUAGAACGGGAAGCACCAGGGAUGGCCCUGGCAAUGCUGAUGGGAUCACUUAAUGUUACACCUCUGGGCAUGCUCUCUAGGCCUGUAUGUGGAAUCAGAGGGAAAACUCUCAUAAUUAACCUGCCAGGUAGCAAGAAAGGAUCUCAGGAAUGCUUUCAGUUCAUACUGCCAGCUCUACCUCACGCCAUUGACCUUUUACGUGAUGCCAUUGUAAAAGUAAAGGAAGUGCAUGAUGAACUUGAAGAUUUACCUUCCCCACCACCUCCACUUUCCCCUCCUCCCACAACUAGCCCUCAUAAACAGACAGAAGACAAAGGGGUUCAAUGUGAAGAAGAAGAAGAAGAGAAGAAAGACAGUGGUGUUGCUUCAACAGAAGACAGUUCUUCAUCACAUAUAACUGCAGCAGCCAUUGCUGCCAAGAAGCAUCCAUUCUACACCAGUCCUGCUGUUAUCAUGGCACACGGUGAGCAGCCCAUCCCUGGUCUCAUCAAUUAUCCCCAUCAUGCAACAGGCAGUGCAGAUGAACGGAUUCCAGACUCCAUCAUUUCUCGUGGCGUUCAGGUGCUCCCACGAGACACAGCUUCCCUCAGCACUACUCCUUCAGAAUCACCUCGUGCUCAGGCUACAUCUCGCCUUUCCACAGCUUCCUGCCCAACACCAAAACAAAUUAGACGGCCGGAUGAAAGCAAAGGAGUUGCUAGUAGAGUUGGAUCCCUCAAACUCCAUCGAAAGCUGGAGGAGCUCAGAGAUCACCUAGAAGGCAAUGUGAAAGGAUACUCUCUCAGAGUAAAUGUCCAGUCCAGGUGCAGCAGCAAGGAGAACAUUCUCAGAGCCAGUCACAGUGCUGUUGAUAUCACCAAGGUGGCUAGAAGACAUCGCAUGUCUCCUUUUCCUCUAACGUCUAUGGACAAAGCCUUCAUCACAGUCCUGGAGAUGACUCCGGUGCUUGGGACAGAAAUCAUCAACUACCGAGAUGGAAUGGGGCGAGUCCUUGCUCAAGAUGUAUAUGCAAAAGACAACCUACCCCCGUUCCCAGCAUCAGUAAAAGAUGGCUAUGCUGUCCGAGCUGCUGAUGGCCCAGGAGAUCGUUUCAUCAUUGGGGAGUCCCAAGCUGGUGAACAGCCGACUCAGACAGUAAUGCCAGGACAAGUCAUGCGAGUUACAACAGGUGCUCCCAUCCCCUGCGGUGCUGAUGCAGUAGUACAAGUGGAAGAUACCGAACUUAUCAGGGAAUCCGAUGAUGUACGUCAUUACCAGGGCACUGAGGAACUUGAAGUACGAAUUCUGGUGCAAGCUCGGCCAGGCCAAGAUAUCAGACCUAUCGGCCAUGACAUUAAAAGAGGAGAAUGCGUUUUGGCCAAAGGAACCCACAUGGGCCCAUCAGAGAUUGGUCUUCUGGCCACUGUAGGUGUCACAGAGGUUGAAGUUAAUAAGUUCCCAGUGGUUGCAGUCAUGUCAACAGGGAAUGAGCUGCUAAAUCCUGAAGAUGACCUCUUACCAGGAAAGAUUCGAGACAGCAAUCGUUCAACCCUCUUAGCAACAAUUCAGGAACAUGGUUACCCCACAAUCAACUUGGGAAUUGUGGGAGACAACCCAGAUGACUUACUCAAUGCCUUGAAUGAGGGUAUCAGUCGUGCUGAUGUCAUCAUCACAUCAGGGGGUGUCUCCAUGGGGGAAAAGGAAGGAGAUUUAAGAGCUGGGCAUUCCAGAGGAGCUAAUAAUUGUUCUUCCUACCUCUUCGAGUGGAAAUGAAAUGAAAGAGGAACCAGGAAGAAAGAGAUAAAGCACAAAUGCAGCAAGCUCCUGCCAACUCGCAAGUUCUAGUCCCCAAAUGAAUUCCGAUGUUCUUCAGUAGCAGAAAGACAGAAAAGUAUAAGAGAUAGAAUAUCCACUUCAGCCUCAGGGCUGAGCCUGAAAAUCAGUCACUGAAAAGACAGGGAAGUUAAGGAAAGAUCCAGAAGCAUUAUGUAGCAGGCAUGAAUCUUAAGUGCAGAAACUCAGAUAUGCAAGAAAUUUAUUUAGUUGAUUUAACUUAAAUCCUACUAUUGAGUACCUAUGCUACAGAACUGGCAGGAGAUUUUAUUUAAGCCGUUAUGGGACUCAGCUCCCCCAAGAAUUAUGCUAAGGAACUUGGAGGGACUUCAGAGGCAACAGAACAUCAGGGAGACAUCUGGUCACCACUCUACACUGGAUACAGCUAGAGUGUCCUUGUAGGGCUAUUAGAUCUCAGGGCUUUCUUUCUCUGAGCCGUGCUAGCAGCAUUGGUAUCGUGGGGAGGCCCGGAGCCUUGGGGCAGGGGAAGGGGGCCCCUGCAGCUUAUGGGACCCACAGACCUCUGUCUUCUUCUCAGCCAAAGAGAAAUGACUCUUCCACAGUUGGUUCCCUCAAAAUCUCUCCCUACCUCCACGUCCCCCUGCCCUACAUAGCCUUUUCCAAGACUUUUCAUUUUUAUAAAAUCCUGAAAGUUUCAGGUAAACGAUCUGCUUUUUGCCCCGAAAACUAAAGACUUAUAUGCAUUACUAUAAACUUUUCACAACCUACAGAAUUGUAAAAUAGCUCAAAGACAAUGAAAGGUGCAGAUAACCAAGAAGGAUGCAAUGGGCUGGACAUCCAGUAAUUUUUUGCCUAUUUCAAAGUCUCUUAAUUUUUCCUGACAGUGUCUCCCCAACCCUAUAUGAUCAAAAUAAUCACAAAGACUACUGGUCACAAAAAAAGACUUGUCUUGUAGGCUUGCCCUGAUUAUUUAGCAGCAAGAGCAUUAAUUAACCAUAUAGGCCUCUUUGAGUUUGUUUUGAAAAUCUAGAGCCAUACAGCAAUAGAAUAUUAAAACUAAUCAACAAUAUUCCAAACAAAUAAAUGCAAUGUAAUUUCCCUUAUCAUUUCAUUCAGUCCUAUGUCAUUCUUGUUCUGCUGCAUCUUGGGUUAGCAGUAUGCUUUCAUGAAGCCAUCUGCUUCCAUACUAAAGAGUCCUAGGAUUCCUGACUCAGUCCGCUGGUACUGUAUAAAAGUUAUGUGAGUUAUAUCACCUCAUAAGCCAGUACCCAAGAGACGAGUCUUUAAAAUGUCAAUAGUUCAAAGUACCUGUGACAGUCCUUUUCCCUAGUGCUCUAAAUCUGUCUUUGUUGCAGACACAAGCUGUUUACUGUAGCUUACAGCAGAGGCUUUGGGCAAGCAUCAGAGUAAAACAGAAACUUCCCAGAAAUGACAGAUAUUUAAUGGCUAUGCUUAAUUUACUACUGCAACCAAUAAUAUCAGAAUAGAAGAUAAGUAAAAUUCCCUACUGGAUAUACUGUGUAACUAUUUCAUAAAAGUUUUGGUCAGUGUUUCCCCCAGGGGUGACAACAUAUUAUGGACAGCAAGGGCAUUGUCAAAUCUCCAGACACUUCCCAUAAAGCAUACAAUUUCUGAAAUAUUUAUGUUAAAAACAUUUUACCUAUAUGAAUCUAAUGCAGGGCACACUGAGCAUCUCUUCUCAGAUAUGACAGCAACUUCUCUUCCAUGAAACUCUUACAAUGGUAACAUAUCAAGCACACCUAAUUAUUUGUAACAUCUCUUUUUAUAAGAUGAAAGAACAAAUCUUUUUUAUUUCCUAGGGGUCCUCUAGGAAAUUUCAAAGAUGGUUUUAGGUGUAAAAGAUAUUCUGAAAUUUUUAUUUUAUCUUUUUCUAAAUUUAGGUCUGAUCUUUAGAAGGCAAAAUCAAAAGAGUUGUCAAAAAAAAGCAUUGAGUAUUUGAUUAAGAUAGGAUCACGGGUACCUGAGAAAGAGUACUUGGUUACUUAAUUUUUCAAAGCAACAAUAAAAUAUUUGAAAAUAAGCAUAGAAGGUAACAUGAUUAUAAGUAAUCCUGGCUCAUUCAUAAAUGAGGAACCUUUAUUUUUUACUUUUUUUUUCCUUAAAUAAUCAACGACAAAAUAAAGUAAACAUAAAGCACAAAAAGGCAGAUUACACAAAAAGAAUAACCUUUCAUAUCCUAGGGAAAGCAUUAAUCAGUAAGCCAAAGAAAAAAGCUCAUCAAACCUGAAUGAACUUACUAAAAUUUUAAUAUAUUUCUCAGUUUCAUUCCACAUACAGGUAUUAUAAACCAAGACAAAUAAAAGUACCUUUAAAAGUUUUGCCUUUUAUUAUCUUCUUUUAUAUUUUGGAAGAAGCUGACACUUUACUUUAGAACAGAGUGGUCCCUAGACCCACAAAGGUCCUGAGACCUUGAAGUGGGUCUGCAAGGCCAAAACUAUUUUCAUAAUAAAACUAAGACACUAUUUGAUAUUUUUAUACUCCUUCUCUCAUGAAUAUACAGUGAGAUUUUCCAGUGGCUCUAUGAUGUGUGAUAUCAGACUGAAUGCAGAAGCAAAUAAGAGAAUCCAGCUGACUUCUAUCAAGCCAAAUGUCAGAGAUGAAAUUAUAAAACAAUGUGUAAAAAAUAAGUUACUUAUGUUAACAUGAAAUAACUUCAUCACUGCUGUUUCCAAAAGAACCAACAAAUAAACAUUAUUUAAAUUUUUUAGUUUUAAUUUAUAAUACAGUAAAUAUUGAUAGACAUAACUCUCAUAAACAAAAGCUCUAGAGAUCCUUAAUAAAUUUUAAGUUAAGAGCAUGUACAGGGUCCUGAGACCAAGUAUUUUGAGAACUGGACUUUUUAAAAAUUCUGUUUUUCCUUGAAAAAUGAAAGAACACACACAUAGUUAUAUUUCUCUGUCAUUAUUUCUCCUAACAUAGUUGCAACCCAUAUUCAUUAUAAUGCUUAAGAAAAUAACUAACACUAUCCUAUAUAAUAUUUAAGAUUAUGAAAAAAAUGUAAAAUUGGGUUCAACAAAAUUGAAUCAUUAUUCUGACAAACCUUUAAUUUCACUAGUAAGUAUGUUUGUAAUACGUCAACUUGAAAAUAAUUUUCAGGAUCUUUAAGUAACUUAAAAUCUUGAACUGAUAUUAAGUUAGUUAAUUAAUGAAUAAUCAUCAGAUACCUAGAUGAUUUCUAAGUAAGACAGAAUUACUGGAUCAUUGAUUACUAAGCAUGAUCUUAAGUUAAUAUACUUUUGUUUUUAAGUUAUACACUUUGCUUCUUAUUUUUAUAUAUUAUAGAGAGGCAAUAUCUUUGGGUCAUGUUAAUAAAUCUGUUUUUUCUUCUUUGCUACAUUAAGAAGAUACAAAAGGGAUGUAUGUGGCUGUAGAAAGUUGUAUUCUGUGUGUUUGUGAACUUUGCUAGUCUGCUAAAAUUCUUACAUGUGAUUUCUCAGUUAUCUACACUCCCCCUAGUUUUUGCUGUGAAAUAAAAAUUAGUUAUUUUCUUAAAUGUAAGAAAAGCAGUAAGGUUAUGGAAGCAUGGAAAUGCAGAAAGGACUAAAGAGCAAAAAAAAAGGGUUAAUAUGUGGAUAUAUGUAAAUUACUGUUGAUUGUACAAAAUACUAAUGUCUUGUGAGGUUUAAAAUAUAUGUAAGUAUUAUAUAUUAGAUAUAGAGUAUUAUAUUGUCUGUAUAGUAUAUAGAAAAUAUAUCUGUAUGAUAGUUUGGAUAUAUAUGUACAUAUAUACACAUAUUUAAAAUGUAUACAGAAUAUAUGGUACAUGAUAGCAGAAAAAGCAGAGAGGAAUAAAUGGAGUUAACAUGUUGUAAGGUUCUUGCAUUGUCUGGGAAGUAAUAAAAAUACCAAAUUAUGGUAGACUGUAAUAAGUCAAGAAUGCAUGUUGUAAUCUCUAAAAUAACCAGUAAAAUAAUAAAAGAAUGUAUAACUAACAAGGUAAUAGAAGAGAAAGAAAUUAAAAUAACCCAAAAAAUUGGUAAAUCCAAGAGAGGGCAUGGGAAAAAAAAGAAAUAAAAACAGAAGUGACAAAUAGAAAACAAAUAGUAGGGUGAUAGUUUUAAACCCAAAUAUAGAGUGAUUAUAUUAAAUGUAAGUGGACUAAAUCCUCCAAUUAAAAAUUGUCAUUCUGGAUUUUAAAACACAACAAAUUAUAUGAUACUUAAAUGUAAGAACACAGCUAAUUGGAAGUAAAAGAUUAGAAAAAAGUUACAAUGAAAGAUAGCUGGUGUGGCUAUAUUGAUAUUGGAGAAAAUUAAGGUAAAAAAGAUUAGUAGAUAUUAGGGGGGACAUUUCAUAUAUUUAAAUGGAUCAGCUCAUCAGGAAAAUAUUAUAACAAAACAAUUCUAAAUUUAUUACAUCUAAUAAUAUCACCUCAAAAUAAACAUAAAUAAAUAAUCAAUCUGUCAUUCCGGCCUUAGGAAUUCAGGGGAGGCUGAGAAGGUGACUGAGGUAAGAGUGGAGUGGAGAGAGGAAGGUAGAAAAUUGCCUGAUGAAAGUAAAAGGAGGCUAGAAAAUACAAAAAUCAUAGAUAUGAUAUUAAAGAGAUGAGACUUUUUCCUGGAAACCAGGAAGUUAUUGAAGUAUUAUAUCAUGACUUGAUGAGAUUUGUUUUUAGGAGAUCUCUCUUACUACU